AAUAAAUAAUUAUUAAGUUCUAAACAAAUACAUAUCGAAUUAGUAAAAUAGGUAGUUCAAUAUUAUAAAUUGAUUUAGUAAAUUUAUGAAAAAAUUCAAGAUAAAAAUUAGAAAUAUCAAAAAUGUCUGAAGGAACAAAUUCAUUUACAAACAAUCAGAAUUGGGUCCCUGAUAGCGAAUCCCAGGUUCCCGAAAAGAUGUUUACCCUUAAAAAGUGGAACGCAGUAGCGAUGUGGAGUUGGGACGUAGAAUGUGACACCUGUGCUAUUUGCCGAGUCCAAGUAAUGGACGCCUGUCUCCGGUGUCAAGCCGAAAGCAAAAAGGAGUCUCUUGGAAGGCAAGACUGUGUCGUAGUGUGGGGUGACUGUAAUCAUUCGUUUCAUCAUUGUUGUAUGUCGUUGUGGGUUAAACAGAACAAUAGGUGCCCUCUGUGUCAGAAGGAAUGGUCGAUACAACGAAUUGGAAAAUAA